AUGCAGGUUGAUAUUACAAAAGAUCUAAUAUCAUCCAUCAUACCUUUUCCAAAUCUAGCUGACUUAUCAAAUAGUACUUCAGAUUUUGAUAAUGAUAUCCAAAUUUUGUUAGAUUGGUUAGAUCCACAUAUUCCUUCAACUUUUAUCAAACGAUCGGAAGAUGGUACACCAGCAGCUCCUUUAUUAUCGAAAUUCCCCGAGCCAUUGCAAAGAGUAAAAUCAGCUAUACGGAGUUGUCUUAAAGAAGAAAAGAACCAAUUACAAUUUAUCGAUCUAUAUAUCAAUACCAUCAAUAUUAAGUUGUUAGAUUACUUCAGUACUUUGACAAAUUUAUCAUUUCUUGAAUAUAUCGAUGUGAUCAAGAUCCUACUACAUUAUUAUAACUCCCAAUUUGAAUAUUUAAAUGUUACAGAUAAUGUAUUUAAAAUUUUUAGCAGAAAAUUGAGUUUUAUUAUAUCAUCAAAUCUAGUAGAACGAACUACAUUCAAAUUAACCAUGAAACAAUUUUUUGAGGAUUCAUUGUUUAUGAAAGCCACUUUAAGCAAUCCAAUGUCAACAAAUGCAUUGAAUUUAAUUGACGUGAUUUCAACUUUGGUAUCGAUAAAUAUGUCUACCCUAUUGAAUGAAAUUGUGAUCAAACUUUCAGUAGAGAAGAUUAAACAACAUACAUUGUCUUUGAGUACAAAUGUUUGGGAUAAACAAAUCUUACUGUUGUUGAAUAAUUUUAUUCAAGAUGAAAUAUAUCCAAAUUUCUACAUCGUCAUAAGUUACACAACGUCAUCUACACUAACGGAUACGAUGAAUAAUAUCUAUUUGUAUGAGUUGGUGAAAAUUGCUCAUGAUGAAUUGGUAUCUUUGAGAAUAAAAGAAAUAUAUGCCAUGAUUCUAGAUUACCCUAAUUCGGAUAUCGCAUUACAUGAGUUACAUUAUUGUCUCCUGAGAAAUAUGUUCAAUCAUCAAGACUAUGGUAUUUCAAAUAAUUUAUUGUCAUAUAUCACAGAUCUUUCAGUGAACUCGCAGGCAAUUCAAAGAACCAAAUUAGUGGAGAGUUUUAUUGACUACUGUAGCAAAAAUUUAUUACACGCAGGAGCAAAUACAAUUGAUGUUAUCACAACUUAUACAAAAACAAUCAGAUCAUUUUUGAUUAUUGAUCCCAAGGGUGUUUUGCUAGAUAAAGUCGUGAGACCCAUUAGAAAAUAUUUGAAGACGCGUGAAGAUAUUAUUAUUAAAUUGGUACGUGGGUUGUUGGACAAUUCACCUGAGAAUGAAUUGAUUGAAUUGGCUCGAGAAUUGCGAGCACCAAACAAGUACCGUUCUAAAUCACAUCAUUCUAAAGAUCUCUUGGAAGACUUACUUGACUUAAACUGGGUUCCUGACCCUGUAGACGCAUUGCCGGAUUUUAAAAAUGGGAAAGUUAGUGAUAUUAUCGAAUCAUUAAUUUCGAUAUUUGAUUCCAAAGAGAUUUUUAUUGAUGAGUUUACCAGACUAUUUGGUGAACAAUUAAUUAACUUGAAAGAUUACGAUGUUGAGGAAAUCGAAUUCAAUUUGAAUUUGUUAAAGGCUAGAUUUGGAAAAAAUAAUUUCACAACGUUGGAUAUCAUGAUUCGUGAUAUUAAAGAAAGUCGACAUUUGAAGGAAUUAUUGAAUGUUAAUGAUGAUGGUGUUUUCAAUACUGCAGUUUUGUCUCAUUUAUAUUGGACAACUGUGUUGGAUAGUAUUGAUCCCGAGCAACAUAAUUUCAAAAUACCCGAUAUCAUUGAACACAAAUUCCAAGAAUUUAAGAAGAAAUUUGCUGAAGAGAAACACGGGAGAACAUUAAAAUUUGUACCAAGUUUAGGAACAGUAAGAUUAGAAUUAGAGUUUAAAAAUAACACCAAAGAAUACAAUGUGACCCCAGACAAAGCUGCUAUUAUUUCAUUAUUCAAUGAUGAGGAAAAUGAGCUCUCAGUUAAUCAUAUUUCACAAAAAUUAAACAUGUCUGAGUAUAUGGUAUCUAAAGGUUUGUCUUACUGGGUUAAAGAAGGUGUGCUUUUAGAACUAACAAAAACUUUAUUCAUUGUCAACGACGACGACGACGAUGGUGAUGAAGGCGGUGGUAUAGGGCAACCAGAAGUUGAUACCGAAUUACUGACUAAUUUUACUCCGAGUGAUAAUAAUCCUACAGCACAAUCAUCAGCUAAAUUUUCAGAAGUAAGUGUGAUUGAACCAUAUCUUCUUACAAUGUUGCAAAAUAUAACACUGUUAAGUUUUCAAAGAAUUAAAACGUUGCUUAACUUAAUGGUUCCUAAAGAUAAAUUAAAUCUUACAAAGAUCACAGAUAGCCUUCUUGAAGAAUAUCUUGAUUCACUUGUUGAAGAUUCUAAAUUACAUAUACGUCAUGGUAAUUAUAGUUUACAUGAAUAA